CCAGUAUCCCCAGUUUGGGGGGGGGGGGGGGGGCCCGCACGCCAUGGGCCGAGGGCGGCUCUUGGGGGGCUGCGCGUGGCUCCUGGGGGGGCUGGCGCUGCUGCAGACCCUUUACCUGCGAGCGCUGCCCCCCCCCGCCCCCCCCCGCCGCCGCCCCCCCCCCUUUAAACCUCUGCCCCCCCCCAGGGGGGUUCUGGACGCUUCCGGAACGUUCCGGUUGUACCGGGAUGUGUUGGGGCCCCCCCCCCGUUGGGCGUCCCCCCCGGACUUGGUCCUGGCCACGCACGGGACCCCGGGGCGGGCGGCGGCGGCGCUGGGGGGGGCGCUGGAAGGGGGCAGAUGGGGGGGGCCCCUCUCGGUCGCAGUUUUCGGGGUCCCCCGUGCGGGGCUGGGGCAGCUCCUGCGGGCAAUGGGGGGGCCCUGCCGGGGGCUCCGGGGGCGCCUUCGGCUCCACGUGGUGCUGGGGGCGGCGGAGCCCCCCCCCAUCCUAACGCCCCCCCUUUCCCCAUCUCGGGGUCCCGCAGCGCCGGGGGGGUGCAGGGGGGCUCUGGGGCGCGUGGCGGCCGCGGACCCCCCCAGUUACACUUUGGGGGUGCCGUACCCAGGGAACCUCCUGAGGAACCUGGCCUGGGCAGGGGCGGCCACGGGGGGGGGGUUUGGGGGGGACAAUGGGGGUCCCGGCCCCCCCAGCCCUAUGGGGAGCCGCUUUGUGCUGCUGCUGGAUGCGGAUGUGGUCCCCAGCCGGGGGCUGCGGGAGGGGUUCCUGAGGGCGCUGAGAGGGGGGGGACCCCCAUUGUGGGGAGAUGGGGGGGACACCCCAUUAUUGAGGGCAUCUGAUGGCAUCAAAGGGGUCCGCAACGCCCUGGAUCCCCCCCACCAGGGUUUUGGGGUCCCCAAUGAGCAUCAGGGGCUCGACACCCUGGGAGUCCCCAAUAGGGUGGGGAGCCCCAAUGAUGUCCUGGGGGUCCCCAAAGGCUUCCAUGACCCGGGGGUCCCCAGUGUCUUGGAGGGCCCCAGUGUUCUAAAGGACCCCAAUGUCCCAAGGGACCCCAGUGUUCUAAGGGACCCCAACAUCUUAAAGGACCCCAAUGCCUUGGAAGACCCCAACAUCCUAAAGGACCCCAAAGCCUUGGAGGACCCCAAUGCCCCAGGUCCCUCACAUCCACCCUGGACCCAGGUGCUCUUCGUGCUCCCAGCCUUUGAGGUGCGUUUGGGUACCCCGAUACCGGGGACGAAGGCAGAGCUGCGGCGUCUAUGGGGCACGGGGGAUGCUCGGCCCUUCUAUGGGGCGCUGUGCCCCCGGUGCCAGGCACCCACGGACUAUGGGCGCUGGUGGGCGCUGCCGCCCACCCCACACCUGCGGGUGGCCUAUGAAGCCCCAUGGCGUGACCCAUGGGAGCCCUUUUAUGUGGGGCCGGCCCACGGCGUCCCCCCCUUCGAUGAGCGCUUCCUGCAGUACGGCUUCAACCGCAUCAGCCAGGCGUGCGAGCUGCACGUGGCCGGGUUCCGUUUCGCGGUGCUGGACGGGGCCUUCGUGGUUCACGGCGGCUUCAAGGAGGCCUCGGGCUUCCACGGGGGCCGCGGCGCGGAGCAGCACCGGAACCGCCUCCUCUUCCGCCGCUUCCGCGCCGACCUGGGCCAGCGCUACCCCGGAUCCCCCCGGCGCUGCUGA